CCUAAACCCCCCCCAGCCCGCCCCCAACCCCCCUUCGCUCGCUGAGAGCCUGAGGGCCGUUCCAAUUUCCGAGUUUCCGCCGGUUUCCCUGUAGCCGCCGCCUCCUCUCGGUGCCGUCGCCUCUUCAACGACCGACCGGCGGCUCUUCGCGUCCUUCUCCACCGGACGGCAACCUCCGCGGCUCCGGUCACCGACUCACAGUCACCGAUGGUGGCGAAACAAGAAAGCGAGCGAUUGAUGCCUGCAGCUGAACAGGAUAUUUCUGAUGAAUUGGAGUUGAAAGCAAAGAAGUAUCUGCGUGGACAUGGUGCUAACCUGGAGGUUUUACGAGAUAAAAAGUUGAAAGGUCAACUUACUGUUAGGGAAAAAUUAUACGGCCAAUCUGCAAAAGCUGCUGCCAAGGCCGAAAAGUGGCUUCUGCCUAGUGAGGAAGGGUAUUUGGAGGCUGAAGGUUUAGAGAAGACAUGGCAUAUCAAGCAGGAGUCUAUAAUUCGCGAAGUGGAUGUUAUAGGUUCAAGAAAGCCAUUUGAUAUGAUCUUACCAGAGUUGGGUCCAUAUACACUUGAAUAUACAUUGAGUGGCCGUUAUAUGUUGGUUGGAGGACGGAAGGGUCACCUGGCAAUGAUAGAUAUGAUAAGCAUGGAUCUAAUGAAGGAGUUUCAGGUUAGGGAAACUGUGCGUGACGUGACAUUCUUGCAAAAUGAGCAAUUUUUUGCAGUAGCUCAGAAAAGGUAUCCAUAUAUCUACAACAGGCACGGCACCGAAAUCCACUGUCUAAAGGAACAUGGUGCACCUCUUAAGCUUCAGUUUCUAGACAAGCACUUCCUCCUUGUGUCUGUAAACAAAUUUGGUCAGUUGCACUACCAAGAUGUGAGCACAGGCGAGAUGAUUGCCAAUUACCGGACAGGUCUUGGCCGAACUGCUGUAAUGAAGGCAAACCCCUAUAAUGCUGUUAUUGGAUUGGGCCACUCUGGCGGCAAAGUCACUAUGUGGAAGCCUACCAGUUCGAAACCGCUGGUGACGAUGCUCUGUCAUCAUGGACCUGUGACUGCCAUUGCAUUCCAUGGCGGUGGCCAUCUGAUGGCCACUGCCGGUAUGGACCGCAAGAUUAAGCUUUGGGAUAUCAGGAAGUUUGAGAUCCUCCACACAUACUCCGGGCAUGCUCAGACCUUGGACUUCAGCCAGAAAGGCCUGCUUGCCAUGGCAAAUGGAUCCAAGGUGCAGAUAUGGAGAGAUUCCUGUGGGAACCAGGACUAUGGGCAAUAUAUGAGCCAUGCUAUGGUGAAGGGCUAUCAGGUGGGGAAAGUUGCUUUCCGGCCUUUUGAGGAUGUUUUAGGAAUUGGUCACUCGAUGGGCAUAUCUUCCAUUCUCAUUCCAGGAUCGGGUGAGCCCAACUUUGAUACUUGGGUCGCGAACCCUUACGAAACUACGAAGCAGAGGAGGGAGAAAGAGGUUCAUGCCCUCCUUGACAAGCUUCAGCCUGAGACAAUUAUGCUGGAUCCAAGAAAGAUUGGUACUGUGAAGCCACCAAGGAGAAAGGAGAAGCCAACCAAAAAGGAGACCGAGUCCGAGAUGGAAGCUGCCAUCGAGGCUGCCAAGAGCAUUAACUUCAAGAAGAAGACUAAGGGGAGGAGCAAACCAAGCAAAAGGGCAAAGAAGAAGGAGGAGGAGGUUUUCAGGGCAAAGAGGCCAUUCUUGGAGCAGCAGACGGAGGAGCGACAAGCGAAGAAGCAUAGAACAACUGAGGCGGAGCUGCCAAAAUCACUGCAGCGCUUUGCUCAAAAGAGGGCUUGAUGGUUUUAGGUAAUGUGGUUGUUUUGGUUAACAUGAGAGAGGUCCAGAGCAGCUGCUAUUGAACGUACGGGGAGAUCGAAUGGCUCAAGCACGGGGAGAUCGAAUGGCUCAAGCAGGAGCGGCCAGCCAAUUUUUUUUGAAAUUUUGAGAGUUUGUUGGAAUCUGCAACUUAUCAUCAUGAUGUUGGAUAUACUAUUUAUGUGUUUGCAUUCCCCGAUGAAUGGAAUGUAAAGGUCUAAAAUGUAACAUAUUAAGGUGCAGUUAUAGAGGAAUGGUUCUAAAAGGAAAUUGAGGAAAAUUGUUAUUUUUCAUUAAUAUUUAGUCAAUUUUUCCUUGAA